AAAUUGAAGUGAGCCCGAUCCUUUGGCCCGUCAUUUGGCUCGUCAUUUCCCGAUCAGGUGAAUCCCUCGCUUUCUACCGUGCUUGAACGGAGCCAACAGGAGUUCCGAUCGGCUCCUUACGGCGUCUGUCUCGGUUGGAUUGAUUGAUGGUCGUACAUAUCACCAGAGGUGCUUCCAAAUCUCAAAGGUUAACGCCACAGUUUCGAUUUGGAGUUCGAAGUGAACACUGGCUCAUCAUGGCCUUUUGGACUCAUCUAGUUGUGAUUGUGACCUUGUGGGCAUUCCAGGAUGGAGUGAUGUCGCAAAACAAGAACGAGACAAAUUUCCGUCAAAAAAGACUUUUUAGCAUUUUCAACAUCGUCACAUUCAAGAAUGACCCGUGCACCACAACAGGAGCCGGGAAUUUGCGUGGAACAUGCAUGGAUUCGACUUCGUGUAGUUCCAAAGGUGGAACCGCAUCCGGAAAUUGUGCUGCAGGCUUUGGAGUGUGUUGUCUUUUCAUUGUAAAUGGGGCUUGUACCGCCGAGCAAACCAUCUUUCAGAACUGCACCUACAUUCGGAACGAUGGAUACCCUGCGGCUGACACGACCGCGAGCGAGACCUGUGAAUAUAAAUUCAAUCGGAUCAGUGAAAACCUUUGCCAAAUUCGGUUAGAUUUCGAGACUUUGAAGACAGAAUUCGACUCAACAGGAGCUUGUGGCACGGCGGCCGAUGCUAUAACAGUUAGGAGUCCAUUUUCGAACACUGACAAUGGAUUCCCACCAACCGUCUGUGGAACCUUAACCGGACAGCACAUGUAUUUCGAGACGGGCAAUACGGAUACCACGGCUGGCACGUUGGCCAUUUCCAAAGGCACUGGGGCAGGAAGUCGAUCCUACGAAAUCAAAGUCACAUAUCUCACUUGCGACAAUACAGCCAAGGCUCCUGAAGGUUGCACUCAAUACUUCACGGGAGAGAGUGGAUCUUUACAAUCGUACAACUUUGCCAACGGCCAACUCUUGACCAAGCAGAACUAUCAAAACUGCUUCAGACAAGAAGAGGGAUACUGCCGACUUCAAAUCCGAGAAUCCGCGGUCACCACUCCUGAUCCAUUCGCCUUAUCGAAUACAGCGACUGACGCAGAGACUGAUUGCCAGCCUGUGAGUACGUUAUCGUUUCCAUCGGGCGUCCAUUCCGGUUAUUGUGGUGGAGCCCUGAAUACCGUCGAUACGAGUACCGAUCCAGUGGCACAAACCUCUGUGCCCGGAUCACCCUUUCAAGUUGGCUUGCGUACCCUGGAAACAACACUAGCUGGUUUUACAGGCUUCAAUCUGGACUUUAAACAAAUUCCUUGUGAUUGAUCCAGAUUGACCAGAAUAUAGUCUAUUAUUCCUCCUGGAUCAGAGAUUCCGGGAGGAAAUAUUCAAAUUAUGUAACUUUAUAUCAACUCACAUUGAAAUACACAUGG